AUGGUCCGGGGUCCUGGCCCGCUAGGUCGGCCUCGCUCCAAUACGGUAGCCAUGCCCAAAAGAGGGAAGCGUCUCAAGUUCCGGGCCCACGACGCCUGCUCCGGUAGAGUGACCGUGGCGGAUUAUGCCAACUCCGAUCCGGCCAUCGUGAAGUCUGGACGGGUCAAGAAAGCCGUCGCCAAUGCUGUUCAGCAGGAAGUAAAAUCUCUUUGUGGCUUGGAAGCCUCCCAGCUUCCUGCAGAGGAAGCUCUUUCUGGGACUGGUGAGCCCUGUGACAUCAUUGACAGCAGUGAUGAGGUGGAUGCCCAAGAGGAGAGCAUUUAUGAGAGAACCAUCUCCAGAAAAAAGAAAAGCAAGAGGCACAAAGAAGACCUGGACAGGGCUGGAGGAGAAGAGUAUCCUAUGGAUAUUUGGCUCUUGCUGGCCUCCUACAUCCGUCCUGAGGACAUUGUGAAUUUUUCCCUGAUUUGUAAGAAUGCCUGGACUGUCACUUGCACUGCAGCCUUUCGGACAAGGUUGUACCUAAGGCACUACACGCUGGAUGACUUUCUGCCUUUGCGCCUGCGACCAGAGUCAAUGGAGAAGCUGCGCUGUCUCCGGGCGUGUGUGAUCCGAUCUCUGUAUCAUAUGUAUGAGCCAUUUGCUGCUCGAAUUUCCAAGAAUCCAGCCAUUCCAGAAAGUACUCUCAGCACACUAAAGAAUUCCAAAUGUUUACUUUUCUGGUGCAGAAAGAUUGUUGGGAAUAGACAGGAACCCAUGUGGGAAUUCAACUUCAAGUUCAAAAAACAGCCCCCUAGGUUAAAGAGCAAGUGUUUGGGAGGCUUGCAGCCACCCAUUCAAUAUGAAGAUGUUCAUACCAAUCCAGACCAGGACUGCUGCCUACUGCAAGUCACCACCCUCAAUUUCAUCUUUAUUCCAAUUGUCAUGGGAAUGAUAUUUACCUUGUUUACUAUCAAUGUGAGCACAGACAUGUGGCACCAUCGAGUGAGACUGGUGUUCCAGGAUUCUCCUGUCCACAGUGGUCGGAAACUACGCAGCGAACAGGGUGUGCAAGUCAUCCUUGACCCAGUGCACAGCAUUCAGCUCUUUGAUUGGUGGCACCCUCAGUAUCCGUUCUCCCUGAGAGUGUAG